AUGGCGUUCACUGAAGAUCAAAUGCAGCGUAUGCUUACUGCUGUCAUGCAAUCGGCUAGACGACCAGGUAGCUUUACUACAUGCUCGAGUAGGUAUAAAGAGGAAAGAGACCCAGUCAAAGUUGAAGAAUUUAUCGCAACGGUUUCAUGCUUCAAAGAUGUUGAGCAUAGAACUGAGGCUGACGCAAUAAAAGGGUUCCCACUUCUACUCGAUGAUGACGCUCGGAGUUGGUGGCAAGGUGUGAAAUCCGAGGCAAAUACUUGGCAAGAUGUUAUUUCUUUGUUGAGAAACGCUUUCGCUCCCACCAAACCAGCAUAUAGGAUCUAUUCUGAAAUUUUCGAGUCUAAGCAAAGAGCUAAAGAACCUACGGACAAUUUUAUUUGCAAGAAAAGAGCUUUGUUUGCGCAAUUGCCCUCGCCGAGACCAAGCGAAACCAUGAUGUUAGAUUUGAUUUAUGGUUUACUACAUAUUUCGAUCAGGGAUGGCGUACCCAGAGAAAAAGUAGUCACUUUUCAGGACCUGAUCGAACAUGCAAGAAGUAUUGAGCACAGUAUGGCUGAAAAACAACAGUACAACGACAAAACUGAACUCAAAAAACGAUGCUCUUAUUGCACGCAUAUCGGUCAUACUAUUGCGGAAUGCCGUAAAAAGCAAAAAGCAGAAUCUGACGCAGUAAAAUAG